AUGGCUAAAACUAAUAAUAAGCCAAGGGAUACUGUGAAUAAAGCCGGUCAUAGCAUGAAUCCAGAUCGGCCAAAAACAUCUGCAAACAUGCGUGACCGGACAACAAUUAAGCGCUUGCAGAUGUAUCGCAACUUCAAGCCAAAGAGGGACAAAACUGGCAGAAUUACCAAGGCAGCUCCCUUCCAAUCUACUCUUAAAUCUGGCACCAUGGCAAGAGUAGAGCCUAACAGAAAAUGGUUUGGAAAUACAAGAGUUGUUGGCCAGAAGGCGCUGCAGGCCUUCACUGAAGCACUGGGCAAAGCUAAAGCUGAUCCCUAUAAGGUUGUGAUGACCUCUACAAAGAACCCAGUCACGCUGCUGAGCUUCACACCCAAAGCAGAGACAGUAAUACGGCUGCUAGACAGAGAACCUUUUGAACAGGUGUUUGGCAAAAAGGCAACCAGAAAGAAACCAACACUGGCUACCUACGACCUCGAUGAGAUGGUCAAGAAUGCAGAGUCAUCCCUUCUCAAGUAUGAAGAAGCUCAAAGUCAGCUGGUGCCAACAGAGGAAGGGGUCAAAGAUGGACAGCUUGAAAUUGUGUUUAAGGCAGGAACCUCUAAAAGAAUCUGGAAUGAGCUCUAUAAG